AUGACUGAACUUAGAAACCUUAAGAAUGUCACUCUUUUCAAUAACCGGUUUAGUGGUGUCAUACCUCAAGGGUUGGGGAUCAACAGUAGUUUAGUGCAAAUUGACUUCACUAAUAAUAAUUUUUGUUGGAGGCAUCCCACCAAAUAUCUGUCAUGGGGAAACAAUUGGAGGUUUUUGAACUUGGGUUAUAAUUUACUCGAAGGUAAUGUGCCUGCCGAUGUCGGGAACUGUUCAAGUCUGAGGAGGCUGAUUCUUAGGAAUAACAAGCUCAGUGGUUCUCUACCUGAUUUUGCUGAGGAUUCAAGCCUGUUGUACAUGGAUUUGAGGGAGAAUAAUUUGAAUGGGCCAUUACCUCCAAGUGUGGGUAAUUGUGUUAAUGUCACUAUGAUAAACUUAUCAAGCAACAAGAUCAAAGGCUCGGUUCCUCAAGAAAUUGGAAAGCUAGUUAAUUUGCAUGUUUUAGAUUUAUCGAGUAACAGAUUAUAUGGUCAGUUGCCUUCACAAAUUUCUCAAUGCAGUAAGUUAGAUAUACUGAAUUUGAGCUUUAAUUCUUUCAAUGGAACAGUUCCAUUGAGCCUGAAAAACUUGUUGCUUCUGUCUCAACUGAUGCUACAAGGCAAUCAAUUCAGUGGCGGGAUCCCAGAUUUCUUGUCAGGAUUUGAGAUGUUGCUCGAAUUGCAGCUUGGUGCUAAUAACUUCGGCGGCAUGAUUCCUUCAUCAUUGGGCAGAGUAAGCAGUCUUCAAAUAGCUUUAAACCUUAGCAGUAACGGACUAACUGGCCAGAUUCCUUCAGAGUUUGCAAAUCUGAAUAGACUACAGAGUCUUGAUGUCUCUAACAAUAAUCUGACCGGAGAACUAACUUCAUUGCGUGAUCUUAGUUCAUUGCUCCAGGUGAAUGUUUCAUAUAAUCAGUUCACUGGUUCUUUGCCGAAAAAUUUGUUAAACUUGUUGGUUUCCUUUCCAAGCUCAUUUACGGGCAAUGCAGGCCUUUGUUGUCCGGAAGGUGAAUUUUCUUGCUUGAAGAAUAGCAGUCUUACAUUAUGUGGUGGAAGCAGGAUAAGAAAAGAUCUCAGUACGAUUGCCAUUGUGCUGAUUAGUCUUGGUUCGUUCUUUUUCUGCAUGUUACUGUUCCUUGGAUGUGGUUGUAUUCUCCUUGGACGUAGGAGAGUUACUGAGGGAAGGCCAUCGUUACAUGAAGGAUCAUCUUUCCUCCUGAACAAAGUAAUUGAAGCCACUGAAAAUUUGAAUGAGAAGUACAUUUUGGGAAAUGGAGCUCAUGGAACUGUUUACAAAGCUUUGCUGAGUCCGAAUGAAGUCUAUGCUGUGAAGAAACUUGUUUUCUCUACUCAGAAAGGAUCCAAUGUGAGCAUGGUCAGAGAAAUCCAAACAGUUGGUAAGAUCAGGCAUAGAAAUCUUGUGAGAUUGGUGGACUUUUGGCUGAAAAAUGACUAUGGAUUGAUUCUCUACGAAUAUAUGGAAAAUGGAAGUCUUCAUGAUGUUUUACAUGAGAUAAAGCCUCCGCCAGUUUUGGAAUGGAAUGCGCGCUACAAGAUAGCUCUUGGAAUUGCUCAAGGCCUUGCCUAUCUCCACGAUGACUGCAACCCGGCUAUUAUUCACCGUGACAUCAAACCAAGAACAUUCUUUUUAGACUCUAACAUGGAACCUCAUAUCUCUGAUUUCGGAAUUGCCAAGCUCAUGGAUCAAAUUUCAGCAUCUCCUCAGUCCUCGGCAAUCAUGGGCACCAUUGGCUAUAUGUCACCUGAAACUGCAUUUACAACUAGAAGAAACAAGGAGUCCGACAUGUAUAGCUAUGGGGUGGUUCUACUUGAAUUGAUAACAAGGAAGAUGGCUUUUGGAUCCAUCUUUUUCCGGAUAACAUGA